GCUUUAGAUACAUCUGUACCAUAAGAGUUGCCUUAUACAGCGGAACGCGUUCGCCUCCCGCCUAACCGACAUCCGUGUUUCAUCCAACUCCGCCGUUUUGCACCAGUCUACACGUUAUAAACCCCUUACUUGAUGUUGAAGAGGUAUAUUGCUUCAACAUCUACCACCUGUCUCACUCACGUACACUGUUAAUCUCAUGGCUUCCUCCGAACUUCCAGUGAUCAAUGUUCAUACGCCUACGUCCUCGUUCUCGAUCAUAUUCUCUAAUACAGAGGACACACUUCAUAUCCUGUUCGAUAAAAUCAGUAAGAAGGCGCACACUGAGUUUCGCGAUCGACGGGUGAAGCCUGGAUGGGUGAAAUACUCAUGGAAUGGUUCAACAUGGAACCUCGACGAUGAUUCUGACUUCAUAAUCUUUAUUUGGAGACAAAAGUCAGUGUCUGGUAGCGAGGCUGCGCCAACUCUUCAUGUUCGUAACCCCGAGGAACCUCUACCUGCAUCGACAGACUACAGGAACCCCUCUUUUCAUCUCUUCAUAUCCCCUCCAAGCUCUUCUUCUCCCAGUCCUCGGCCCCAUUCACGUGCAGACGGAUCUUCUCAGCAUUCAAAGAAGACUCGCAAAUCGAAAAAGCCCACAGAUGACAUCCCGGCUUUCAAGAAGGAGUUUGAGAGGUACCACAAUGAGCAUGGCGUACGGACUGUCAUGGGUAGCAUCGGUCCCGUAAAUAAUGUCCGUAUGUUGCUCAAGAACGGGUACAGACAUGUAUACAUAUCCCGGAAAUUCGCUUUGAAGCAUGGAUUCAUUCCUCUCGAUGCUUCUCCAGGACAUUAUGGAUAUGAGGGUUUGGUCAAUAUUGGCAACUGGCCAGUAACGGUUGGACGAACAAGGACCACACAUACUGUGUAUCUCUCUGAAGAAUCGCACUUCGACGUUGUAUUGGGCCGCUCAUUCUGGGAAAAGCGACAAGUGAAGUUUGACCCUGUUGAUCCCACAGACAUCGUCUGUAUGGACACUGGGGAGAAGAUUGAUUGUGAACUUGUCAUACUGAAGGAUGGUAAAGGACAAAUCGUUACUGUAACUUGAGGAAGUCGUUUUUAUUAUGUGGCGAUGGACAUCUUCAGUUAUGUGUACGAUACUCUGCCCCCUUUGGCCAGCUGAUUGUUUUUGUAUAAGUUACUGUAAAUAUCUGUAUUGUAUGUCAUAGAUUGGAACUUUCGCAUAUUUUCGAUUCUCGAAUGCGUUCAUGUCACAACUGUCGUA